AUGCAAUUCUGGAAAUACUCAACUAGUGCAUUGGCUACUCUUCUUGCCGUUGUGUCAAUCACCAAUGCUAGUGGCCCAGCUGAUGGCGAAGCCAUUGCUGAUCCAAACUCCGCCGUUGUCAAAUUGACUACCGAUAACUUUGCCACAUUCCUUGAAGAAAAUCCAUUGGUUUUAACUGAGUUUUUUGCCCCAUGGUGUGGAUACUGUAAAAUGUUGGGACCAGAAUUUUCCAAAGCUGCUGACACUUUGAAUGAAUCACAUCCUAAUAUCAAGUUGGCUCAAGUUGAUUGUACUGAAGAUCAAGACUUGUGUGCUGAACACGAAAUUAGAGGAUACCCAACAUUGAAGAUUAUUAGAGAUGGUGAAUCAAAAUCUGCUGAAGAUUACCAAGGUCCAAGAGAACAUCAAGGUAUCGUUGAUUACAUGAUCAAACAAUCAUUGCCUGCUGUCCAAGUUCCAACCUCAUGGGAAGACUUGGAAAAAUUGGUUAAGGAACAAACUAAGCCAUACAUUUUGAAAGUCAAUGGCGCUGCUGAUGAUAUUUUCGAAAAGAUCGCCAAUGCCAAGAGAAAUGAUUUCACAUUUAUUGAUGUUGGUAAAGAUCACUUGAAGCAAUUGGGUAAAGUAAUAAACCAAGAUUUGAAAAAAGCUUCUUACUUGGUUGUUCAUCCAGGUGAAGUUGUUGAUGCUAUCAAAUUUGAUGGUAAAGCCGAUUUGGAGAAAUUAAAUGAAUUUAUCUCAGUUGAAACUUUGCCAUACUUUGGUGAAAUCAGUAGAGAUACUUAUAUGGCUUACAUGUCGUCUUCUUUGCCAAUUGCUUAUUACUUUUACAAGACCCCAGAACAAAGAGAAUCCAUUACUGCUGAUUUGAGCAAGUUGGGUAAGAAAUACAGGGGCAAAUUAAACAUUGUUGGUUUGGAUGCCAACUUGUAUGGAAGACACGCUGAAGCCAUUUCAAUGGAUCCUGAAAUUGUUCCAUUGUUCGCUAUUCAACAAGUUGCUGAAAACAAGAAGUAUGGUGUUAACCAAGCCGAACACCCAGAAGGUCCUUCAUUCAAGGUUAUUGAGAAAUUUGUAGCCGAUUUUUUUGACAACAAGUUGGAACCAAUUGUUAAAUCGGAACCAUUACCUACUGAAGAAGAAAGAGCGGCUAAUCCUGUUGUUAAGUUAGUUGCUCACAACUAUGAUGAGAUUUUGAAAAAUACCGAUAAGGAUGUCUUUGUUAAAUAUUAUGCACCAUGGUGUGGUCACUGUAAGAAAUUGGCACCAACUUGGGAAGAAUUGGCUGAAAUUUUCGGAUCAAACAAAGACGAUUCACAAGUUGUAAUUGCCGACUUGGAUCACACUGCAAAUGAUGUUGAUGUUCCAUAUGAAAUUAAAGGAUACCCAACCUUGUUGUUGUACCCAGCCAAUGGUGAAAUCGAUGAGAAGACUGGUUUGAGAACCCCAAUUGUUUUUGAAGGUCAAAGAGAAUUGAAUGCUUUGCUUGAUUUUGUCAAGGAAAAGGGUGCUUUGGGUGUUGAUGGCUCUUCAUUGCAAGAAAAGUUGAAAGAAGCUAAAGAAGCUGCUGGAGAUGCUGCUGAAGAAGUUAAAGAAAAGAUUGCAGAGGAAGAGGAAAAGGUUGAGCAUGAUGAAUUGUAA